AUGAACAGUGUCAUCCUGUGUAUGGAGUCUGUACAUCUGGCUGUGAUGAAGGCUGGCACGGGAAAAAUGGGACAUGUCAAUUGGCAAAAAUGGUCAUCCAUGCCCGGCUCUGGGGUUGUUCACAGCUACGUCGUUAGAGUUUGGCGGUGGAUAUACCUACACGGCAGUGUAACAGUACCACCGGAAGACCAGACAGCCACAGUGGAUAAUCUUUCAAUGUACACAGAGUAUAAUAUCACCGUAACCAUUGCUAAUGAUGCAGGGUAUUAUGGUCUUUCUAGUCCAGCAACCACCGCAAGAACAUGUGGAGAACCUACGGCACCACCCAAACCAAACGUCCAUUCUGUUCUUGCCUCAUCAAAGAGAUCUGCUUACAUAGAGCUAAAUACAGCGGGAAUGAACCGAGAUGUCCAUAGAUGCGACGGGUUUGCAAAGUUAACCGUGCAAUAUGUGGGAAAAUACCAUCACAUUGGCACAGUAGACGUGCUGCAUGUCAAAGAAACACAGCUGAUUACCAUUACCAACCUCACAACAUAUAGUAAAUACACCAUCUACCUGACAGCAGUUAACAACUUACAUCUGCAAGGGCCACCAGUGACAGUGACUCAUACUACAGCUGAAGGGGUUCCACCAAAGAUGGCGGCACCAGAUGUGACAUCUAUUGGAGACACCUUCAUAGAGAUAACAUGGCGUGCGCCGUCCCCUUCAGGUGGCGUUAUCGUCAGUUAUGAGAUAUCGUACACUCAACAAUCCAGUCAGAGGAAUGAAAUUGUGACUGAGACAGACAUUACUAAUACACUUAUAGGUAUAAAUGGUGGCGCUGUAGCAGGAGGUGUGUUGGGGGUUCUGGUCCUGGUGGCGGUAGUUGUGGUUGUAGUUGUCAUAUACAACAGAAGGCGACGCCCUCAAGAGCCUGAUCAAUUUGAGACCUUUUCUGAAUUGCAAAGAAAAGAAGAUCUAGAUGACCAUGUAUAUGAAUCUCCGGUUCAAGUUCCGUAUGAAAACACGGAAGACGAACAUCUCUAUAGCAGCAUCAAGCAAAGCACAGAAAUUUCUGUCGAGAACAUUUAUGAGGUCAUGAAAUUGAAAACCAAAGAUAUUCUUCACGAUGAACAUCAGAAAUUCCCUAUCACACUGAAAAACCCUUGUGAAGUCGGCCAAAAACGAGAAAACAAACUUAAGAACAGGUUCAGGAACAUCAUUCCUUACGACCAUAGCCGAGUUGUACUGGACCUUUUGCCAGAUGAUCCCAACUCUGACUACAUCAACGCAAACUUUAUUGAUGGAUAUAAUAGGCCACGAGCAUUCAUUGCUGCACAGGGUCCAAAAUCGAACACCGUAAACGACUUCUGGCGGAUGAUAUGGCAAGUCAAGUCUCCACAAAUUAUAAUGUUGACGAAAACUGUAGAAAUGGGCAAGCAAAAAUGUGAGCAGUACUGGGCAGACGAGGGAAUGAAGCAGUUUGGCGAAAUACAAGUGACAACGCUAGAUGAAGUCCAAAGAAAGGACUCUUUUGUGAGAAAUCUGCAGUAUUGUAAAGUAGGCCAUCCGACAGUCCAUAGUGUAAAACAGUUCCACUUUACUGGUUGGCCAAAUAACGGCGUACCUAUUGACCCGACAGCUUUGGUUAAAUUCCGAGAGGAAGUUGAGAAGCAUGAAAUCCUAGUUGAGGACCAAGGACCAGUUGUUGUUCAUUGCAGCGACGGGGUUGGAAACACUGGAACUUUCAUCGCACUGGACUAUCUGUUUGAAGAAGCGCUGGCGGAGGGAAAGGUCGAUGUUUUCGGUCUCGUUCAGUCAUUGCGAGCAUCUCGACCGAAAAUGGUACAGACAAAGGAGCAAUAUUACUUCAUACAUGACACAUUGUUGGAAGAGCUGCAUUGUGGCAUUACCUUCAUAAGACUACAGGAUCUUGAGGCUCGUUUGCGAAAACUGAGGCAAAGGAACAAGACUGGGCUGACCAAAAUGGAAGAAGAGUUUGCUGUACUGGGCCUCAUGCUGCCUGAAAUAGAAGAAAGUUCCACAAAGACUGCCCUGGAGCCCAUCAACAUUGGCAAAAAUAGAGUGACUAAUAUUGUAGCAGGUAACCACUGCAGACCACACCUUACAUCAUACGCGGAGGACAGCACUGAUUACAUUAAUGCGGUGUUCAUAGACGGAAACCAGUGCCAAAAUGCCUACAUCGUGACUCAGAUGCCUCUGCCUCAUACAGUCGUUGACUUCUGGAGUAUGUUGUAUGACCAGCAAUGUGCGACUAUAGUUAUGCUGAAUGAAUGUAGCAACGAUACCAAGACAAGUGGUGUGUACUGGCCAACGGAGAAAGUGACCUCUUAUGGUCCUUUUAAUGUAGAAAUGAUCUCUACGUGCCAGAGCGGGAAAUGUAUCACCGUUAAUGAGUUGAGGGUUACCAAUUCUAAGGAUCACUCGGGCUCCGCAAGAAAAGUAUGCCAAUUCCAGUUUCACGACUGGAUGACUUCAAAACCAGUGCCGCCAUCACCGCGUGCGUUUCUUGAGCUGUUUGAUGCUGUUCAGCAAUGGCAAAGGAAAAGUGGAGACACUCCCAUAACUGUUCACUGCAUGAACGGUGCCCACCAGAGCGGGUUGUUCUGUGCCGUGGCUCGCAUACUGGACAAGCUGAAGGUGGAGCAAGAAGUGGAUGUCUUCCACACGGUGAAGGCUGUCAGACAAAACAGACCACAGCUGAUCGAUAGCAAGGAACAGUAUGUAUUUUGCUACGAUGUGGUUGAAGAAUACGUCCGUAAAUUUGACACGCACGUUAACCUCCAGAUGUAG